AUGGUAGUCGACACAUGGAUUAACGAUUUAAAUGAAGAUUUAUGCGCUUCAGGGGAGGAAAAAAACGAAGAAAUUCUCAUUGAUUGUCUCACUGAAGCAUUCCGUCAUACUGUUGACACCCUUAUCAAAUCGUCCAGAAAAUAUUCGGAAUGUAUCAAGUUUAUACGCUUUGCAUGUAGCAAAAAUCUAUUUGCAUGUUUAACUGCUGCCACAAACUUGGUUAGGAUCCCGAGUGUUAAGAGUUUUUCAGCAAGACCUCUCAGUAGCUCAGUAUAUUCAUUUUAUGUACUUAGUGAAGUCAUUCAUUUCUGCACCAAAGAACACUUUAAACUCAUAGAUUCUGCUACAAUUGACAUUUGGUGCCGCGCUGCAUCAUACGUACUCUUUACAUGUAAGGGAAAGGAGUAUAAAAAGAGUUCUUUCAUAUGUUCGAGACUAUGGAAUCAAAACCCAGAUUUCUUGGUAUGCGUCAUACAACAUUUGACAUCAAUUAGCCCACUCAUAACUAAUAUGGCUAUUGUUUCGAAGCUGUGUGAGUUCAUUAGUCACAGUCCAGUAUCUGAAUUCAAACCUGAACACAAGGAAGUUUUCAUAAAUCAACUUCUCAAAUCUGUCUUUGAUGGAAAACAAGAAGUAACGUAUGUUUACUUGCGACGCUGUUCUCAAAUCUUAAAUGUGUGUUGUGAUGGUACAGUUUUCAAAUGUCUUGUGCUACCAGCUAUGAACCGUGCAAUACUUCGUUCUCCUGAGGCCCAUUUGCGCAGUGUAAAUAUUUUACUCGAAGAUUUAUCCUUCAGUUUGGAUUUGUGUGCUAUGGAGUUAGCUCAGUCAGCUAUAAAAAACCUGCAUGCUGUAUCUGAGCUAACUAGAAAAGAUGCCGUUUUGGUGUUAUCUACACUUUCAAAAAAGUGUUCAGAAGCUGAUUCUCUUUCUGCUUUAUGUAAACUUGUUCAUGCACAGUUUGCUGGACCUGAGAGUAAGAAAACAAAUCAGGAAUCAAGAUUUACUGCAAUCAUAUGCUUCGGUGAACUUUCUAAGAAUGGAAUCCAACAAAAAUCAACUUCAGACCGUGUUGCUACUGUUGCCAUUAACUUACUUUUAGAUUAUUUAGAACGAGAAUCCUAUGAAGAGGGAAUAACAUGUACUGCUAAGCAACUGGGAAGAUGGUUGAGUCGUCUUCGAUCGAAUCCUCCUGAUCGCUUUUUUAAUUUUAUCAAGUCGUUCUCUUUCUCAAAUAAGAUGAGUGCAUCCGUUCACUCAAUUUUACUCAUGUGCUUAGAUGUCGCUUUGUCAAAUAAUAUGAAUGCGAGCCAUUUACCACCAGUUCUUAUCCCAAGUCUGUUAGGCUCAAUCGAACAAGCUUCUGGUCAGCCUUUCCACUCUGCAGCAGUUCAUAAAUCUGCUUUGGCAUCUUUGAUAUGGCUACGGCAUACCCUGUCUGUUAUAAAAUCACCUGUUACAGAAGAAACAUUCAAGUCCAACAUUAAAUCUUCAUCUUUCUGGAAUAUGCUAUCAAAUGUAUCAGGAAGUAGUAACAAGCGAUGUCCUUGGUUCACUGAGAAGUUUCUACAAACAGCACCUUUCUAUGUGUUGUAUGCAAUAGGUCGUUUGUUCAGACUGCUCCUUCCCGAUCUUCAUGCUUUCAUUCCUGAUGAAGUUCUUGGCUUCAUAUACAGAACAUUCCUGCUACUUUGUCUUCAUCCUUUUUACGAUACUGUACGGCAACCGAAUCUUAUCAGUAUUCGUGAGCUCCUUGAAUCUUCAAACCAAGAACAUCGCUAUCAGUUGACUGUGGGAUUUUUGAAAAAUCUACAAAUCCUUCUCGUCAACUAUCCUAAUGUCGUACAACCUCCACCAUCAUCUAAUUCAUUUGUUCUGGGUUCAGGACUAUUUUCAGAGCCUUUAUGUCUACAAACAUGCGAUUUUGUUGGAAUUAACGUCUGGAAUAAUAUUUCCUACUCUACAUCUGAACUACAGACAACGGAACAACCUACGAGUCGUAUCAAGUCUAUUGGUUCUUUCUUGUGUAAACUUAUCAAUGUGCUUAUUUUACCCUCAACUACUAUGCUCAAGUGUGAUCAAAUUUCUGCAGAAAAUAGUGGUAUUUCUUAUCCGUUACUGCUCCAUUUACUCGACAUCUGUACUCUGAGUGCAUUCUGUGCCAGUCAUCCGUGUAUUCUUCAUGUCAGACCUAUGCUGUGGGAGCAAUUGCAAGGGAAGCUUAAACUUCCAAAAUUAUUUAAUCAGGAAAAUCCUGAAGCCUCGGGAAAUACUUUAUUAGUCAAUGAUAAAUGGUUGAAGAUUGUCGAAUAUUUUAUAAAACAGCCAUAUAUGAUUUCAGCAGAUCGAUAUGCACUUCAACGAUUAAUCAAAUGGUCACCUGUUGGAAUUGGUCAGAAUCUUAUUGAAAGAAUUCAUCACAGUCUUUGCACUGAAGCAGUUUCAUCAAUUACAGAACAAGAUAUUCAAAUUAUGUUAACACCAGAAGGUCAACUUUUUAACAAUGAACUACUUGAAAGUUUACCGAAAUAUGAAACAUCCUUGGCUAAUGUUAAGCGUGAAAGUAAAUUGUACUCGUACGAUGUACAAAUGGAUAUUUUAUCAAGUAAAUUACAAAAGGCAAGUGAACAAGAAAAACAUACAUUUGAUAAUAGUGCCAGUACUGUCUCGUUGCUGGAUAAGCUAAGUGGUCACUUAACUGAAAAGCAACUGGAAGUGGUACGUAGCGAACUAAGUAAGGAGAGUGAAAUACGAAAACGCAUGCAAUCGCUCGAUUUACAAGUUAGGCAUUUUUGUGAUCUACUCACAAAUUCAUUGGAUGCAUUGAUAUUUCAACCUGAUCAUCCGUUACCUAUUUAUCAUCAAGAAGUUGGACAACUUAUUCAACAUUUUUGUACUAAAUUAUCACUUCUUUUCGUACAGUUGUUAUCGAAUCCUCUUGUUUCUCCUUAUAUAAUACGUGCUCAUAAUACAUUCAUUCAAGCAAUAAUGUUUAAUACAUUUACCGUUGAAGAAUGGUGUUCUAGUUUGAACCAUGAACUUCGAAUCUGUACACCCAUGAUAUAUUGGUGGUCUAUACGAAUAUUAAGUCCCGUCAGACUUAUUCGUCGUAAUGAUAGUGAUGUCUGUAGUUUGGAAUUGAAUAAAGAUUGUGCUAAUACUAUCAGCCGGUCUGAUCACUACAUCUACAAGCAAGCUAUAGAGGAUACUGAUUCGUUGACAAUGUGUUGGUCUUCUCGGUCGAUUGAGGACCAUUCGAAAAGAAUAUUCAGUUUACUGUGUGAUAAAUUUCCCACGCAAAACUUGAAUACAUCUUUAAUGAUAACAUUUUUAUCGCCUACAAUUGAUCGCGCAUUUCAAUAUUCUUCAUGGAUUCAUCCAUUACCUGAGGAUUGCGCAAUCCCAGUGACACCGAAUUCUUCACAAAUUAGAAAUCAGCAGUCUAUAACUAACACUUGGUUGAAUGGUGAAUUGGUUAAAGUUUUACUGAAAUCAUGGAAAAAUCAUUUCCAAAUUGUUACUGAUGAUAAAAAAUGUCAAAAGAAUACGUCGAUACAGCGUAAUAGCGUCCUUUAUGUUUUUAAGUUGAAUCGCUUUCUCAGGUUGUUACGUCAGCUGGUUGAUGGUUGUCUGAGAAAUCGUACUACUACUACUACGGAUGAUACUGCCGCAGAAGAUCCAAACGAUUUCGAUUCAAAAGAAUUAUCCAAUGAAAUGUCAUUCAACGAUUCUCUCACUGAUGAUGAGUCAUCUUUGCGCAAAUCAAUUGGGCAUACUGCCAUGGACCUAAUGAUGCUAAUUACAAACUUGUUUAUAUGCUAUGUACAUUCAUUAGAUGAUAAUUUCAUCGGUCAGUUAUCAUCACCCGUGGUCUCUACUCUACUAGAUGGUUUAGUUUCUGAAUCCGAUCAAGCGAGAGAGAUUUCAGCUCGUUGCUUAUUCAAAUUGGUUGAACAAAUACCUCGUGUGAUUGAAUUAAUUAAUCUACAAGAGGAAUCAUCAUUUAAAACUGAGUCAAAAUGCCUUCAGAAUCCUACCGAGUAUGGAUCAGACAUAACAAUGAAUGAUAAGACUGUAGCUGAACCUGCUCAUGUAGAUGAAGGAAAUUGUGAUGAAGAUGAUGGGGGCGGUGGUGGUGGUGGUAGUGUACCAUCUGAUAAAUCUGGUGAUUCUAAACCUAGAAAAAAGUUGAAUAAAAAUCAAAGACGCAAACAAAAAUUGAUUCAGUCGUUUGCAGCUGCUGCUGAUAAACACCAAGUUAACGAUCAAAUGUUCACUAAACCAUUCACUACGCCAGCUGAUUGGCCGAAAUUAUCUAUUUGGUCUCGUGUACAAGUUCGUAUUUGGAUUAUUCGUAGCGAUUGUUCAACGCAUAUUGCUCAGUUAGCCGAAAAAAUAUGGCAUUCGCUUCAUUUAGACGAGAAGUGUGAAGAGUUACAAUCCAUUGAAAUAAAGGGAACUGGUGGUUUGAAAGCACUUUUAGAAAAACCAAAUGAUUCGAAUCUGCUCAAUCCAAUGAUUUUAGCCCAACGUCUGUUACUAGAAUCAACUCGUCCUAAUCCUACUGUUCAGUUAGCAAUAGCUGACGCAUUUGCUAUAUGCCUUAUCAACCGUUCCACGGAUGAGAUUAGUGUUGCGUUGGAUAUGUUGAUACGCAUGUAUCACGUAAUGUUGCACCGUGAUCCUGCUAUUAAAGAUAGCAUGGGUCGUAUAUUGUGUCCUGAAUCACCCGACAGAUGGCGUGAACGUGCUGGUCUAGCUAUGGCUUUGACACGAUUGUCUGAUGCACCUAAUUCGUCAGCAUCACGCUCCCUAUCUACUAACAGAUUGUUUAGGCAAAGCCUAAUUGUCGCUGCAAACGAAGAGAAGUAUGAAGACGAUAUCAACCUCCCCAGUUCUAAUAAUUUAACAACUAUUGAUACGCAUCUAGAUUCGGAGACUUCUUCUACUGGCAGCACUUCUAUUGUGGGAAAUGACUCACUGACACAGACACCGAUGUGGUUACUAAAUACUUUUCGCUUUCUUGUUAGUGAUGGACUGAAUGAUCGUAAUGCAAUAGUACAGACAGAAAUGCUUCAAGCUGGUCUACGAGCAGUUCGUAACUUUGGAAAGCCGUGUAUUGGGCAAAUUUUACCAAUACUUGAAAAUUUUGUAAAUAAAGCUCCAAAAGUGGCUGAGUUGGAUGCUGUUCGUCAAUCUAUUCUCAUUCUAACUGGUUCAUUAUCUCAACAUCUUGAUGCUAGUGAUCCUAGAGUUGCAACAGUUUUCAAUCGUUUAUUGAACACACUGAGUUUUCCAUCUGACUUGGUUCAACAAGCUGUAGAAGAUUGUUUAGCGUCACUAAUUGGCAAGCUAUCAGAGGAACAAACAACGAAAACGAUUAAUAAACUAAUGACUAGCCUUUUUAGUAGUAAUAAUUAUGCCGAACGUCAUGGUGCAGCUCAUGGAAUUGCUGGAAUUGCUCGAGGAUUAGGUAUUAUGUCACUUAAACACCAUGGAAUUAUUGAUAAACUUAUGCCAGCUUUGGAUGAUACAAAAGUGGCUAAGCGUCGUGAGGGUGCACUGAUGGCUGUGGAACGUCUUUCACUUGGAAUGGGACGUCUUUUUGAACCGUAUGUUGUUCGUUUGAUUACACCUCUGUUAAACACAUUCGGUGAUACAAAUCCUGGUGUUAGAGAGGCUGCAUCCGAUGCUGCACGAGCUAUUAUGAGUAAAUUAAGUGCACAUGGUGUGAAAUUGAUACUGCCAGCACUACUCAAAGCUAUUGAUGAUCAACAAUCUUGGCGUACUAAAGCAGAGGCCGUAGAUUUACUUGCAUCGAUGACACAUUGUGCUCCAAAACAAUUAUCAGCUUGUCUACCUCAAAUAGUUCCGCGUUUACUAGAAGUUCUAGUCGAUUCACAAGAACGCGUUAAACAGGCUGGUGUGAGAGCAUUAAAUCAGAUUGGUGAGGUGAUUACUAAUCCUGAAGUUAAAGCUCUUGUCCCAUUGCUUACCAACUGCCUUCAACAUCCGUUGGUGGAUAAAACUCCUUGUUUGGCUGCACUACGAGAUACAUGCUUUGUGCAUGUACUUGAUGCACCAAGUUUAGCAUUAAUACUACCUGUUAUACAACGGGCAUUUGCCGAUCGUUCUACUGAAACCCGUAAGAUGGCUGCUCAAAUAUUUGGCAAUUUGCAUAGUUUAGCCAGGAAAGAGGAGUUAACACCCUAUGUUGGUACUAUACUACCAUCCUUAAAAACAUGUCUGUUAGAUGCUGUCCCAGAAGUUCGUUCGGCUGCAGCCGCUGCGCUUGGUGCAGUUGUUCGGGGUAUGGGUGAAUCUUCAUUCGCUGAAUUACUUCCAUGGCUUAUGUCCACGCUUACAUCGGAGACAUCAUCUGUUGAUCGUUCUGGUGGUGCUCAGGGGUUGGCCGAAGUACUCGGUGGUAUGGGAAUUGAACGGUUGCGUGUUGUUUUGCCUGAUUUAAUAACAACAGUUUCAUCUGAUUCGAAAUUACAACCUCAUAUACGAGAUGGUUAUCUGAUGCUUUUCAUUUAUUUGCCAACAGUAUUUCAGGAUGAUUUUGCUGAAUUCAUUGGACCAAUUAUACCAACUAUUCUCAAGUCAUUAUCUGAUGAAACUGAAUUCCUGCGUGAAACAGCCUUACGUGCAGCUCAACGUAUCGUGCAUAUGUUCGCAGAAACUUCACUAGAACUGUUACUUCCAGAAUUAGAACAAGGCAUGGCUGAUUUGAACUGGCGGAUACGACAUUCAUCUGUUCAGCUGUUGGGUGAACUUUUAUAUCGAUUAUCUGGUCUAUCCGGUAAAGGAACUACAAAAACAUCAAGUGAAGACGAUACGUUUGGAACCAAUGAAGCUCAUGAACGUUUACGUCAGACUAUGGGAGGUGAACGUCAUGAUCGUAUACUAGCUCGUUUACACUUAUCUCGUUCCGAUCCUACUAUUAUUGUUCGUCAGUCCGCAAUACAUGUAUGGAAGAUUGUUGUACCUAAUACUCCAAGGACUUUACGUGAAAUAAUGCCUGUACUUAUCAAAUUAUUGUUAAAUACCCUUGGAUCAUCCGCCCGUGAACACCAACAAAUUGCAGCUCGUGCGCUUGGUGAUGUAGUGAGAAAAUUAGGCGAACGAAUUCUUCCUGAAAUUAUACCUUUAUUAGUCACUGGUUUGGACUCUUCAGAUAGUGAUCAACGUCGUGGUGUUUGUACUGGAUUGAUCGAAAUCAUUCGCAGCUGUCAACGUGAUCUGCUAUCAAAUUAUGCUGACAGUUUGUUGGAUCCUAUUCGGCGUACUUUAUGUGAUCCACUUGUUGAAGUUCGUCGUAAUGGGGCAAAAACAUUUGAACUUUUAUAUGCUGCAGUUGGUGUACGUUCACUGGAUGGUGUUCUUCCUGAUUUAUUGUCUCAAUUAGACGAUCCUGAAACUAGUCAGUAUGCAUUAGAUGGUCUGAAACAAUUGCUGGCUGUUAAAGGAAGAGCAGUUAUGCCUUAUUUAGUUCCAAAGCUUACUAGUCCUGUGGUCAAUGUGAAGGCCUUCGCCUAUUUGGCAUCAGUGGCUGGAGAAGCACUUACAAAACAACUGAGUCGAAUUUUGCCUGCACUUCUUCAAACUGUAUCACUAAUGCCUGAAUCUGAGAACAAAGAAGGUGAAAAGGAAACAGUAAAAGAUGAUUUAGAGCACUGUGCUGCUGUUUUGGUUUGUAUUUACGAUGCCACAGGAAUUCGACAAAUCUUCAAUGAAUUAUUCUCUGGUUUGUCGAUGUCUGCGCCUAGCGAGACAGCUUCUAACAUCUUAGCACCCUCUCAGAAACUCGUUCCAGGCUCCACUACGUAUCGUAUUGCAUGUCUACGUUUAUUGAGUGCCUAUCUGGAGGUCAGUUUUCAAGAUCAUUCUGAAGAAAAUGGACAGUCGAUAAGUACCACUAAUGCCCAGGCAAAUCGUAAACCUAAAGCAAAUGAUUCAUCGGGCUCCGAGGAAAGUGAAGAGUCUGAUAAUGAUGAAGACGAAGAAGAUGAAGAUGAAUCUGAAGAUGCUUCGUUCAACUCUGAUGAGGACUUUAGUGUUGAAGAUGAAGACUAUACGGAGACUGAGGAUGAUGACAGCUAUGACGACGGAGAUGAAGUCGAGAACCCUGAUGCUAAAGAAGUUAUUAGUCGCGUGCUGAGUGAAUCUUAUCCACUUGCUUUACGUAAUAUAUGUCGGCUUUUAGCCUGCAAUGACAAAACUACAUUAAUUGAAGCUUGGAAGUGCCUAGAAGCAUUAUUCAAACGUUGGAAUCCUGAAAUGAUUACCACACAGAUCAACGAUCUUCGCCAGGGUAUUCGUGGUGCGUUAUCAGAAAUGAAUAAAUCUGCAGCUGCGAAUAAAAAUGAAACCCAACGACAUCUACCUGGAUUUUCAGAUCCCACCUUACCGCUUGUUAGUCUAGUCAAAUUGUAUGCCGAAUGCACACUUCGUGGACGUCCUGCGAUUAAAGAACCCGCAGCACAAGGUUUAUCAGAUUGCAUACUCCAUGCUAGUGGAAUUGCACUUCAAAGCUGUGUUAUCAAAGUUAUAGGUCCGCUUAUACGUUUAUUGGGUGAACGUCAAACUAAUGUGGUUCGUGUCGCUGUAGUACAGUCGCUUACUUCGCUUGUCAACAAAUGUCCACAACCCGUUCGUCCAUUUGUCACACAACUUCAAGCCACCUUCUUAAAAUGUCUUGGUGAUUCACAUAGACCAAUGAGAUUACUCGGCGGUGAAGGCCUGGCAUCUGUUGUUCCUAUUACACCUAAACUUGAUCCAUUAUUGAUUGAUUUAGCUAGAGUAUCAACUCAAACAAUCAUAUCACGUUUUCAUGAUUAUUUAAAAGAUGCAGUCAAAGAGAUGGAAAACUUAACUCCGACAUCAGGUGCUUCUGCAACUGCACAUACAUUGGCAGGCGUUGCUGCCUAUCCAGAUACCAGCCUACAGGCAUUGCGUGUUUGCUUAGAACACUCACAAGGUCGAGCUAGUUUAGUUUCUUUAAAUACUGUAUUUCACUUAUUAGUUCCACUAAUGCGUUUACCAGAAUCUCUUGAUGGUGAAGAUCAACUGGAAGAAAAUUCAUAUCGAAAUGAUGAGGGUGAUGAUGACAGUGAUGAAAAUGAAAGUGUCUUGGGAUCAUUCAAUCAGGCUAAACAAAUGCCAAUCUCAUCAGAUCAAGUUCGUAUUGUAGCAUCCUCGUGCAUUGGAUUUAUUAUUGUUGCUGCUCAGUUUACUAUUGACAAAUCUUCAUGGAGUGAUAGUGAAAAACAAGAAAAGACUGUAGAACUGGUGAAUUUAUUUCAACGAAAACUUUUCCUAUCUUCAUCAACUAGACAAGAUGAACAGUGGACAUUUAAUCAAAGUCGAGGUAUUGCUCUGCUUGUCUCAUUGAAGCAUACACCAGAAACUUUAAUCAAUUUGGAAACAAUGAAGACAGGCUUUUGUGAAUGCCUAGAAAAACUUAUAAGCCAAUUGUGUAGUCAUGAAAAUUCAAUCGUUUGUCAAAUUGGUUACCGCUGCAUUGGCUGUUUUGUCGGUUAUCUAGCUGAGAAUCAUAAAGUGAAUUAUAAUCCUAGUAUAUUGAUACAACUUCUUAGCAAAGGUUUCGAUCAUGCAGUAAUUGACAUACGCCUAUUGUCUACGGUCGUUUCUAGUCACAUUGCUUGGCGUGUAAAAUUACCAAUGUCCAGUUGGAUUCCUGGCUUUUUAAAUAUACUUUUGGUUGGGACAAAAGAUAAAAACAGUGCAGUUCGUGUUGGCAGUGAAACAGCUCUAAUUAUUCUGUGUCGGUUAAAUGCUCCAAGAAAUAAAGACAACAGUCAGAACUCAGAUUACUUACAGACUUGUUUUGAUUCACUAGACAGUAACUCACGUAAACAAUUGGAAACACUUAUACAACGUCUUCGUAAGCAUAAUUGGUCUGAUGUUUGGCGUCAAGGUUGCCCAGAUAUGGAUAGUUCCAAGCUAUUAUGA